CAAAUUCUCUCGCUCCAAUUGCAGUAGCGAAUGUCCCUGCUUGCUUUCAUCCCACCACGCGCUGCGACGCGUCCAACGCGCCGUUGUUUACGAUUGGUGCUCGCUGAAGCGCGACAUGCGGCCAGAGGAAGAUUGUACAGCGGAGGAGUUGUCGGAGAGCCCGCUGCGAACGCGCCCGCUCCGAGAGUUGUCUUCUCAGGCGUACAGCCAACAGGAAUACCUCACCUGGGAAAUUUUUUGGGAGCGCUCCUGAACUGGGUGAAGCUGCAGCAGGAUGCUAAACCAGACGACCAGCUUAUAUUCUCUAUCGCCGGAUGGCAUGCCCUUACGUUGCCCCAAGACCCAAAAGCACUAAGUGCUGCACGGAGAGAGAUGAUGGCGGUGCUCCUCGCCAUAGGGCUCGACCCUGAGCGGUCUGUGAUCUUCCAUCAGGACGAGAAUCCUCAUCAUACAGAUCUCGCUUGGGUGUUGAGCUGCAUCACUCCUAUGGGCAAACUACGCAGGAUGACAACGUGGAAGUCAAGACUGGCAACAUCGCGCAACGCGAGGGAUGAAUCCGAAGUAGACGAAUCACUACUGAAUGCCGGCCUUUUUACAUAUCCUGUGCUCCAAGCAGCCGACAUCCUCGCUUACAAAGCGACGCAUGUACCGGUGGGCGAGGAUCAGCAACAACAUCUGGAACUCUGUCGUGACUUGGCAGAUUCAUUUAAUCGUUCCUACAAGUCGAAGAGACCGUUGUUCCCAUUACCGCAGCAUGUCAUCACGCCCUCGAGGCGCAUUCUGUCAUUGAAGGACCCAUCGUCCAAGAUGUCAAAAUCCGCACCUGAUGUCAACUCCCGUAUCCUUCUCACGGACGACGCGGCCCAGAUCAAAGCAAAGAUCCGCGGAGCUGUCACUGACACAACCGUCGGUGUGACUUACGAUCCGGUCAACCGACCAGGCGCGGCCAAUUUACUGACAAUUCUGGCUGCCUGCAUGGAUGAGGACGUGACCGAAGUCGCGAAGCGAUAUCACGGCAAAGGGCAUGGUCACUUGAAGAAAGACGUCACAGAGGCCGUCCAGGAGCUGUUGAAGAAGCCUCGUGCAGAAUUCGAGAGGCUGAAAGGUGAAACAGAUUACUUAUCGCACGUUUCAAGUAGCGGGGCGGCUAAAGCGCGUGAGUUGUCGGAGACCACGAUGCGGGAGGUCAGGGAGCGGUUGGGCUUGAUAUAGCGACAUACAUGAUAUAAAGGGUCUUUGAUAGGCCGUGCGGCAUGUACACAAGAAAAAAUUCUGUCUUAUUCACAAAAGGCACAAACCUUCCCGAGGCUGGACACUAUCGGACUACUUAUGUACGUUGUCAAGACAUACCACAUGCCGUGAGCGGCUGGAUAAACACAG